AUGGACCAUUCGCACUCCUCCAGAUCUCGUCGGCGGGAGACCCGUGUGUCUCCCGUCGAAUCAUCAUCAGAUGAAUUGGCAGCAGCUUCAGAUCAUGAACAAGCUGAUCGCCGACGAACAAGCUGGGGCGUGCAUAAGAAUUUCACCCCGCAGCGUCCAAAUCACGACCGUCACCCGAGGGAAUCGGACAGUCCAGAUGAAUUGGCUGUCGAUGCUGACGAAUACUGGCGCACUUCACGCAACCGUCGCAGCCCCUCACCCAUCAACCGCCCCGCCGAUUUGAGCAGCGGUGGUGAACACCUUUCAGAAGAUCGAUUGAGCACCGCAGACGAUAAUAACACUCCCAUUCGCGACAACAUGGCAGACCGCGACUCCACCCCUAUUCCUCCUGUUCCGGCUCUGCCUCCUAAACCUGAUCAUCUUAAUUACCGCGAAAAGUUCGUCCUUCAAGGUCAUCUGCGAGGAGUGUCUGCUGUUCAAUUCUCCCCAGACUGUUCCAUGAUCGCAAGUGCUGGUGCCGACGCAGCCAUCAAAGUUUGGGAUACACUAACUGGAAGACUCAUUUACACCUUUGAGGGUCACCUGGCGGGCAUUUCCACCCUUGCCUGGAGCCCUGAUGGUCAAUGGAUCGCAUCUGGGUCCGAUGAUAAGACAAUUCGGUUUUGGAACGUGAAUACCGGCAGGGCUCACACCAAGACCUUCGUCGGCCAUCACAACUACGUUUAUCAAAUCGCAUUCGCACCCAAGGGCAACAUUCUCGUGAGCGGUUCAUAUGAUGAAGCUGUCUUCAUGUGGGAUGUGCGCCGAGCACGCGUCAUGAGAUCUCUCCCUGCCCACUCUGAUCCCGUCGCCGGCAUUGAUGUCGUCCACGACGGUACACUUAUUGUCUCCUGCGCACUUGACGGUCUUGUUCGUAUCUGGGAUACACACAGUGGCCAGUGUCUCCGAACCCUGGUGUUUGAGGACCAGCCACCUGCCACGUGCGUCAAAUUCUCGCCAAAUGGCAAGUACGUUCUUGCGUGGACUCUAGAUGGCUGCGUGCGUCUGUGGAACUACGUUGAGAGCCGCGUCGUGAAGACAUUCCAGGGUCAUGUCAACGAGAAGCACAGUCUGUCUGGUUGUUUUGGUCUGUACGGUCCCCCGGAUCUCCGGUACACCCCGCCGUUGUGCUUUGUCGUGAGCGGCAGCGAAGACGGUGCCAUUCUGUGCUGGGAUCUAGUCAGCAAGAAAGUUCUCCAGCGCAUUGAGGGACACACCGAUGCUGUCCUUUGCGUUCACUCUGGCGAAUUGAAGGGCAAGCGUCUUCUCGUCAGCUGUGGACUGGACAAGACAGUCCGGGUGUGGGAGGAACUGCCUGGAGAUGAAAAAACCAACGGAGUCGCUGAUAGUGCCUCUGUGAACACGGAUCUGCCAAACGGAGUUAUUGCCAGUGAUGAGGAUGGCGAUAACGAGAUGACUGAUCUUCCGGACCCCUCCACUGCGACCACCCCUGCAGAGGACGUGAUGAUGACAUGA